AAAAUUGUUCAUCUUUCAUGUCUUGUAAAAUUAGAAAACACAAACAUUACCCGUAAAAGCAAUUUAUUUAGCAAAUGCAGUUCUAAAUAGAAAACUAGAACAAAACAUCCUCCUAUCACACGUUAAUGUUUAUUGAUCAAAUCAUUUCAUUCAAUGAUUUACCUUUCAAAUGACUGAUAAAGAUGUUUGAAGCUCAUAUCAAUACAAUAACAAACUCCAACCUGUCAUUUUACAAAAACACAACUCAAGAGAGUGAUGGAUAGUUGGAAAUUAAUUAAUAACUUUAACAAGUGUACUUUGAUACAUCAACAACUUUUGUUUGGCAUCAGUUUGUGAAUUUUACAAUAAGGAAAUAAUAAUCCUGUUCCGUGGAAAUAGCCAUUUAUGUUAAUGAUAAAUAAAGAGGGUGAGUAUAUAAGGAACAGUCACAAAACACUCACAAACUACUGAUGAAAAGAACUGCAACAGGACUCAAGAUGGCUCUCGUCUGCAUUUUCCUCUCAUUACUACUGGGACUGUCAGCUGCUGUUCCUCAAGAUCUGUCUGGAAAGAUGCUGGUUUUUCCACAAGAAACUAACACGGCUCAUGUGAGACUCACCACCUCCAGACAGAACCUGGAAGCAGUCACUGUGUGCAUGAGGUGUUUCUCAGACCUCACCCGAUCAUUCACCCUUUUUGGUUUGGCCACGCCCACACAUAAUAAUGAUUUUCACAUCUUCAAGAUGAAUGCAAGAGAUGAAAUAAAUGUUGAUGUUAGAAAUGUUGUCCUAAACUUUAAAGGGCAGGAUUAUCAGAUUAACACGUGGCAGUCCAUCUGUGGCAUAUGGGACGCAGCCUCUGGUCUGGUGCAACUGUGGGUCGAUGGAAAACCUUCAAGUAUGAAAUUUGCCACUAACUCCCACAUCCAUGGAAUCAUGCUCAUUGUGCUCGGACAGGACCAGGAUUCCUAUGGAGGGAGCUUUGACAAGGCUCGGUCUUUUGUGGGCAUGAUCAGUGACAUGCACAUGUGGGACUAUGUGCUCUCUCCAAUCUACAUAUACAGAUACAGUCAAAAGUUCACUUUUCCAGGUGGAAAUGUACUUAACUGGAAUUCAAUAGAUUUUCAUAUCACAGACAGAGUCCUAAUCCAAGAAGAACAGCAUUUGUAGAAAGUGAAGUAUAUUAUGGUUGCCUAGUUUGGUGGGUUAACUGUGAACGACUGAACUCAUCAAUGCAGUGAUGAAAAUGUCUGGCUGCAAUGACAAACCAUCUCUGCAAACAAUUUCUGAGGACACAACACAACAUUUAUUACCUUCACGCUUUUAAGGGCCAUAAAAUGAAGCUGAUAUCAAGACAAUAACAAACUCAAACAUCAAUAUAAACAUUGAUCUUUACAAUUUUGACACAAUCACAAUUUGAAACAAAACACAAGUCCACUGAAAAAUUAUGUACAAAAGGACACAAACUAAAGCUACAGUUCCCUUUUCCCCACAACUCGUAAACAAUCUGGAUGUGUGCAAAGGGACUGGACCUCGGUGGGAGUUUGCACGUUCUUCCC